UUUCCGCUUACAUCUAUAUUUUACUAUUCUACAUGGUAUCAGAGCGGAUUCGAAUCUGUCUCUAGAAAAUUAGGGUUUCCAAAACAAAAAAAAGGAACUAAAUUAGGGUUUCUGCCGCUGCCCGCUCUACUAUCCCCACUCUGCUCUUCCGUCACUACUAUACUCUACCCGAAAUUAUGUUUUGUUCUGCUCUACUGUGCUAUUAUGCCCAAACUAGGGUUUACGGUGUUGCUGCUCUACCCUGCCCAAAUUUGGGUUUCUACCACUACUAUAUUGCACAACUGCUCUUCUCUGCCCAAACUAGGGUUUCUGACGUUGCUGCAUUCUGCACUAUUAUGGUUAUGCUAUACCACUCUUUCCGAAAUUACAGUUAUGCUAUGCUCUACUCCGCUACUCUGCCCAAACUAGGGUUUUUACGUUGCUGUAUUCUGCGCUAUUAUUUGCAUGCUGUUCAACUCCUGCUCCGUUGCUCUGCGCGCUAUUAUCUGUCUGCGCUCUUGCUUGCUUUUAUCUACUCUGGUCAGCAGUUAUUAUUCUACUCCUCUACACCUCUACAACUACUCUGCUACAACUGUCACUACUAUGCUGCAUCUACUACUUCUGCUCUACAGUUGCUACUAUGCUACAACUGUCACUGCCCAGCAUCUGCUACUUCUGCUACAGUUGCAACAACUGCCCAACAGCUUCUGCUUCAGUUGCAACAACUGCUACAACAACUGCUACUCUGCUACAGCUGAUACUACUACCCUGCAUCUGCUACAGUUGCAACUAUUGUCCAGCUGCUACUCUGACACUAAUUACCCUGCAUCUGCUACAGUUGCAACUAUUGUCCACUCUGACACUAACUACCAUGCAUCUGCUACUCUGCUACAGUUGCUACUACUGUCCUAUAGCUGCUACUCUGCCUUGCAACUCUACUUAUGCAACAGCUGCAACUACUACUACCCUAUAGUUUCGACUACUACUAUUGUUGUCGAUUUCAUAGAAAAAAACAUUUUUGAGAACUUUGUACCAAGCUGGGUAAUAUAGAUGUUCCAGAUUGAGGGGGAGUGUUAAGAAUAUUAGUACUCUGUCCCACAUCGGUGAUAUGACAUAACCUAGCUUAGUUUCUUCUACUAUAUAUAUGUGGCAUAUGGCCUAUGUCGAGUAAUAAAAUACACCAACACCAAAUACACUACUACUUUCUCUACUAUGUCUAUUUACUUUUCCACUUACAUUUAUAUUUUACUGUUCUACACCACCAUAAGUGAGUCUUAUUCCUUUUUGGUCGUCCCACCAUAAGUGAGUCUGUUUCCCUUUUAGCAAAAAAAGUAAAAACAUUUUUACUCUCUUGUACUUUAUUCUUUCUUCACUUCUCUAUUUUAUUCUCUCCUUUAACCCACAAAACACUAUUUUCUUAAAUCUUGUGCCUGAAAGAACGUCUCACCUAUGGCGGAAUGGAGGGAGUAGUUUCCUAUGCGGAAUGGAGGGAGUAGAAUAGAAAACUAGGUCUCGCAAGGCAACUAUCAAAUUAGAUAUACAAUUACUGAAACAAGACUAUCACUGGAGAUAAAGAAAAACAAACGAGAAAACUUAUCUAAUAGAGAUCAAGCUAAUGAUCUCCAUUAUCUCUUGAGAUUAUUUUCAUUAUUAUGGAGAUUGUUGAAGAUUACAAUUAAUAGAGAUCAAGCUAAUGAUCUCCAUUAUCUCUUGAGAUUAUUUUCAUUAUUGUGGAGAUUGUUGAGAGGUUACUUUAAAUGUUGAGGAUUUGUUUCUUUGUUUAUCUAUAGGUGGAUCCUUAUAAAUAGCUCCUCUUUAGAAGAGCUAGAUAUCUCGAAAAAUAAAGUGUAUUAGGACGGUAUGAACCGUAGGCCUCUUCGGAGGAUUAUCUUGGCCUCUUUGGAGGAUUGUUAUUCUUUUAUAUUUAUUGAAUCCCAGUUCUUGUUUUACUUCCGCCUUUCACUCCAUAUCAAUUUGGUGCGGUGAACGUGGAUCGCAUCAUGGUGAACACUCAGAGCAUUGAAGAACGUCUUGACAGAUUGGAGAAGGCGGUCGCGAACAUCAAAGUGCAAAUGAGCACAUUCGAAGCCCGGAUCUCUAACUGUAUCAAUGAUGCCUUGGCACCAUUCUUGCAGGAUCUGCAGUCUCGUGGCUUCAUUCGGGAGCGCAGGCAACAGAUCGCAUUCACUUUAGAUGAUCAAUCUUUAUCUCACACCAACAAUACCAAGUCCCACAACUUCAACACUGAGCCAACGCCGUCCCUACUUCCUCUUGCACCUAAUCCGCCCCCAACCAGCCCCCUUGUGCAGGAGAUACAACCAGUCCAGCAACCCGUGACUCUCCCACGUUUGGAUGCACCAUCCAUCCCUGCAAAUCAGCAUCUCCAUAAGUUUCCCAUCACCCAACCUAAUGUUGCACUUUCACCAUCCAUUUCACAAUCAAAACUGCUUGCACUCUCUCCGCUCCUCAUUGUACGUCCAGUUGGGGCUGGCCAUCCCUCUUCACUCAUGUUUUCCUCUCCCAAUUCCACAUGUGCAUUCAGUGAAGCUAGUUGUAGGCGUAUGACAACCAAACAUCUUGAGUAUGAAUGGCUACUUGCAAGCCCAACAAGAAGGAUAUCCAAGCAAUGCAUUAAUGUUGUUGGUCGUUCUCUAUUGAUUGGCAAUCUGGAUUCUCUUCGAAAGCACGAGUACGAGCCUCCACCGAUCAAAGCAAUGUGUUUAUGUUUCAACUCCAGCCUUGUGGGCAAGGCUGUUUUGACAGAGAGGCAAUUGAUAGAGAUCAAGCUAAUGAUCUCCAUUAUCUCUUCAGAUUAUUUUCAUUAUUAUGGAGAUUGUUGAAGAUUACAAUUGAUAGAGAUCAAGCUAAUGAUCUUCAUUAUCUCUUGAGAUUAUUUUCAUUGUGGAGAUUGUUGAAAGGUUACUUUAAAUGUUGAGGAUUUGUUUCUUUGUUUAUCUAUAGGUUGAUCCUUAUAAAUAGCUCCUCUUUAGAAGAGCUAGAUAUCUCGGAAAAUAAAGUAUAUUAGGACGGUAUCAACCGUAGGCCUCUUCGGAGGAUUAUCUUGGCCUCUUUGGAGGAUUGUUCUUCUUUUAUAUUUAUUGAAUCCCAGUUCUUGUUUUAGUUCCGCCUUUCACUCCAUAACAUUAUCAUUCCAUAAACCAAGGAAACAAGAAAAGCAAUUUUGUGGU